CAAGAAGAGAAGAGAAUGGCAAGUCUGAUCUCCUGGUAGGGUACCUUUCCCUGAAGUGUCAAUUUUAAGUCCUUCAGACUCACAUUUUUCUCUCCUCCCUUCUAGUCCCUUGGUUCCUGGACUUUCCUUCAGAGCUAUCUGAUGCCUCAGACUUUUUGUUGCUUUUAUCCCUCUUUCUCAGGUGCUUUCACUCCCUUUCCAGAAGGCAGGCAUCCUACCUCCUGUUGCUCCAUCCUUUGCCUUCCCUUGCUUUUCUCCAUCUAGCCAAACUGGUUUGAGUCAGCCCCACCCCCUUCCGAGCUCCUGGGGCUCUUCAGAUGGUGGCUGGCCACCCAACCCCACCCUUGGGCUUGGCUUGGAGCCCUGAGUCAGCUCCAUCUCCACCCAAGCCAAAUCAAACCUGAGGCUGGAGCCGAAACUCACAGUCCUUCAAGACCUAUAGCCAGGUGAUGGAGGACGAGGAAAAGGCAGUGGAGGUCUUGCUGAGCAACAUGGAAGCUGCUCAUUCUCCAUCCCCCAUUCGCUGCUGCUGGCUCCGCCUCCGCUACUUGGCAGCUACUAGCAUUGUAUGUGGCUGCUCUUGCCUGGGAGUCCUGGCCCUUGUGUUUGCCAUCAAGGCGGAAGAGCGGCAUAAGGCAGGCCGGUUGGAGGAGGCAAUGCACUGGGGGGCCCGGGCCCGGAGAUUCAUCCUGGCCAGCUUUGCCACCUGGCUUGCUGUCCUUAUCCUGGGCCCUGUGCUUCUAUGGCUGCUCUCCUACGCCAUCGCCCAGGCUGAGUGACCCUGGGUGGCCUCUGCUGAGAGUUAGCCGACACCUCCUGGAUCCUGCAGUGCGACAUUGCUAGGGUCCAGUGCCAACAGUGGUACUUCCUGGCUGGAAGGAUGGUGCUUCUCUCAAAGGACUUUGGAAGAGCUCUUUAGCCCUUAUAAAAGGAGGCGGCAGCUGAGACUGAUGAGGGGAGGUCAGCCUGCUCUGUUCUUUCAGUGCCCACCAUCCCCUAUUCCCCACAACCUACCCCAUCCUCGGGGCCUCCAGGAGGUGGGGUUGAAGACCAGGCCUGAUUUUAUUAGUAUUUGUUUUGUAAUAAAACUCUUUUUUAGUGGUGAAA